AAAAUUACAAACGUCCUAGAUUAGGAUUAACUGUAAAAUAAAUAAUGUUGUAAACUAUCCUCAUGAUCAAAGUUAAAGUUUCCAUCGCCAUGCACCCCACACAUGCGAAAAAUCUCCUUUUCCGACUUUGCGUUUUCGGCACUUUAAUCAGUCUAGCUAAAACUCAAUGGACCUUCCCUGAUAAUUUCAAAUUUGGCGUCGCCACGUCCGCGUACCAGAUCGAAGGUGGUUGGGAUGCCGAUGGCAAAGGUGUGAGCACAUGGGACAGACUCACCCAUAAUACACCCGGAAUGAUACAAGAUGGAUCCAACGGAGAUAUCGCGUGCGACUCUUACCAUAAAUGGGAGCGAGAUGUGGAAAUGGUGAAGGAGACGGGAGUGGACUAUUACCGGUUUUCGCUAUCUUGGACGAGAAUUUUCCCUCAGGGAUACAUCAAUCUGGUUAACCAGCCCGGAGUCGAUUAUUACAAUAAUCUGAUUAAUAAAUUAAUCGAGAAUGGGAUCGAGCCGGUCAUUACUUUGUACCACUGGGACUUGCCGCAAAUGUUUAGCCCUUUGGGAUCAUGGGCGAGUCCUGUGAUGGUCGACCUGUUCGGGAAUUAUGCCAGAAAAGCCUUCCAACUCUUUGGAGACCGGGUCAAGACUUGGAUCACCUUCAACGAACCGAAAAUUGUCUGCCAGGACUUUCACGACUUUUUGGGAAAUGUCACAAGCCCAUAUCCCAAAGGGAUCAUCGAGUACUUGUGCACCCAUAACUUGCUCAAAGCCCAUGCCGAAGCGUACCAUAUUUACGACAAAGAGUUUCGACCAACCCAGAAGGGAAGAAUCUCCAUAACUCUCAAUUUUGAAUGGGCCGAGCCUGCCUCUGACAAUAUUGAAGAUAUCGAAGCAGCAGAGCAGAGACGACAAUUUGAAUUUGGUCUUUAUGCCAACCCAAUUAUAAAUUUUGAUUAUCCCAAAAUUGUUAAGGAUCGAAUUGCUGAACGAAGUAGGAAGGAAGGUUAUCCCAAAUCGCGACUGCCCGAAUUUACUUUGGCCGAAAAACUCAAACUUAGAGGAACUUAUGAUUACUUGGGAUUGAAUCAUUAUAGUACUUGGUACGUCAAAGCAGUCGAAGAUCAACCCAUAGGCACUCCCAGUUAUCCAGCUGAUAUGGGUACGGAGCGGUACCAAGACCCAACUUGGGAAGGAUCUGGCGCUGACUGGAAUAAAGUUGUCCCAUGGGGUUUGCGGCACAUUUUACAGUGGAUUAAAAAAACCUACAGGAACCCUAUUGUUUUAAUUACGGAAUGCGGAUAUCCUGACAGAACUGGUACCGUAGAGGAUGAGCCAAGAAUAGACUUUUUCAGAAAAUAUCUAAAUGCCACUCUUGAGGCAAUUUACGAAGACGGUGCUAAUGUUCAAGCAUUCAUGGCUUGGAGUUUAAUGGAUAAUUUCGAAUGGCAACAAGGCUAUCAAAUUAAAUUCGGAUUAUACAGUGUGGAUUUUAACGAUCCUGACCGACCAAGGACGGCUAAAAAAUCCGUAGCUUAUCUGCGAAAAGUGGUAGAGACAAGGUCAAUCGCCUAAAUAAUUCGCCCAAGUGACACUGUACUGCAAUUUUUCAAAUAAACUACCGCAAUUUA